CUCAAAAAUAAAGACCACCAAACUCGAGAUCCUUCAGGAAAGUUCUGUCCUCAUCUCCUAAUACCCCGCAACAAACAAACCCUAACCCUAACCUAAUCCAAUCCACACCUCAUUCACCGCCCUCUCUCUCUCUCUCUGCAACAAUGUCGCACUUUGGAAGAACAGGCCCUCCGGACAUCACCGACACCUACUCUCUCCUCGUUCUCAACAUCACCUUCCGUACAACUGCAGAUGAUCUAUUCCCGUAUUUUGAUAAGUACGGCAAGGUUGUCGACAUCUUCAUCCCCAGAAAUCGCAGGACUGGUGACUCGAGGGGUUUUGCGUUUGUGCGGUACAAGUACGCGGACGAGGCGCAAAAAGCCGUGGAUAGGCUAGAUGGAAAAGUUGUUGAUGGUCGGGAGAUAACGGUUCAGUUUGCAAAAUACGGGCCAAAUGCCGAGAGGAUUGACAAAGGUAGGAUUAGCGAAUCGUUCUCAAAGUCAAGCUACAGGUCAAGAAGUCGCAGUCCUCGGAGAAGCAAUGUGGUACCAGAUUUCUUCUCUUUUUGGGAGGCAAGAAGGUACCGUGAUGACUACAGAGAUCGGGAUUACAAGAGAAGAAGCCACAGUCGAAGUUUGGAUAGGUAUGAUCGUGACAGGUAUCGCGGGAGGGACAGAGAUUAUCGUCGCCGUAGCAGGAGCCGCAGCCGCAGUGACAGUCCUGAUUACUACAGGGGCAGGGGAAGAGGCCGUUAUGAUGAUGAGCGCCGAGGCCGAAGCCGAAGCCGAAGCCAAAGCCGAAGUCGAUCUAUGGAUAGUGCCUCUCCUGCUCGGCGUAGUCCUACUCCUCGCAGAAGUGCUUCCCCACAUAGGUCUCCAUCUCCUAGGGGUGGAAGUCCUGAUAGGCAUAGUGGUGAUAGAAGGUCCCCAACUCCACAUGGUGUUUCGCCCACAGACCGUCCUGCUGAUUCUCGAAGUCAAUCCCCUUGAAAGUCAGAUGUUGAUGAAUGAUUUAUGCGGGUUGUGUGGAAGUUCAUGAAGGCAUAUUGAGUAGUGCACUUGUGGCUGUUAAGACUAAUGUUGAGGAGGCUUGAUCGUCUUGCAUGUUCUUAUCAGAAUGUUAAGUGCUAGUUUUGUUAUGUUCGGGAACAAUGAGUGGGGCUUGAUAGGCGGAUGUUGAAUUAUGGCCGUUGAUGCUGUAUCUAAAUUGUAGAUGGAUGAUCGUGAUAGCGAUGCUGGUUGCAACAGUAUUGCUGGUUUUAGAAGUAUGAUUUAUCUAGCAGUAUGCUGGUUGGAGGGACUAUAUGUGUUAACUAAUUUUCUCUGGAUGGUAUAAUCUUUGUUUGCCCUAAAAGAGUUUCUAGUUGCUGUGAUGGUCUAAAAAGAUGGACACAAGUUGAAUGUGUAUUUAACCAGUAGCUGAUGAUGAACAUAUGAGAUGGACCUGUGAUUCAUUAACCGUGAUGUGCAUACUGAACAUGAACUGCAAAUUCAAAAUGUGAACUGGUAAAUGCUGGUGUGAGUUAUGCGGCCAGAAUAAUGAAACAUGUGAGAUGUUGUAGCACAUGGGUCCAUGACCGUAGCUGUGAAGUGGUUGCUGAUGCUUGUACUGUUGUAUGAUAUACAUUGGUUCGUGACUAACUUUGAAGUAUUAGUGAAUAACAACUGCUACCUGGCUGUUGCUGCCCUUUUGCUUGAUGAUGGCUUCCUGGCUGUCUUGCCGGCUUGCAUCACUUCCUAAAGAUCUGGUAUAAAACAUAUGCCUGCCAUAUGUGGUGUGUUUUGAUGGAUUCAUAGUGUUAUCUCAUUGUUAUAUUAAAAUGUUAGCUUUUAUAUUAUUUGGGUUGUCUUAAUAAUUAUUUUUGUCAUUCAUGUCGCCGUAAUUUUAACACUGACUUUAUCUGAUAAUUCCAAAGUUCACCUUUUACUUUUUGUA